AUUCGUGUCCCGGGGCCAGGCCUGCAAGCACGGCCCCCAGCGCUGCCAGUACGCCCACAGCGACGUGGAGAUGGCGGUGUGGGAGGCCGAGAGGGAGCACGGCCUGGUGCGCGCUGACCUGGUGCUGGCCGCAGGGACCGGUGGCACCAAGAGCGAACCUCCACCACCGAUGCAUUUCUACUGCCGGCUCUGCCUCGUCACCUUCAGCUCGCUGGAGAGCUUCGAGAGCCACUGCUCCUCCGUCGAGCACAUGCAGAUGCUGUCGGCCGACAGCUCCGUGCAGUGGGUGCACCGUGCCCCGCCGUUCGGGCUGACCAAGUUCUCACUGUGUAGCAGAGCGGACGUGUGCGAGAUGGGCAGUGGCUGCACCAAGGCGCACUCAGCCGAGGAGCUGCAGGAGUGGAUCCAGAGGGUGAAGGUUGCGGCGAAGAAGAAGAAGCAAGCCCUAAAGGAAGGGCUCUUGUCCUACCAGGACCGGCUCAUCGCUGAGUAUCGGAUGUGCUCCAACGAGGUGUUGAUUAUGGCCGAGCACGUCGAGGGUGUCAAGGUGGUGUGUGAGCAGCCCCUGCAGGUGCAGUCGGAGGACAGGAGGAUGCGGUACCGCUGGAAGUUCAAGGUCCACUCCCAGAUGACCCUGCAGCACGUGGCACUGCUGAAGCGCGAACCUGGAGCCAACUUCUACCUCACGGGGAACGGCCUUUCCCGGGGCCUCCACUACAUUCGUGGGGAGCACGUGGCCACGCUGCCUUCCUCCCCGCCGGCGGCACUGGUGGAGGUCUGUGUGGAGUGCUGCACGCUGGGCGUCUUCGAGCAGUGGGUGGUGUUCGACUUUGGCAGCCGCCCCGUGCUGAUGCAGAAGAUCAAGGUGAAGGUGGGCCCGUGCCGAGGACGGACGAAGACAUCCAAGUACAAACCGCCCGCCCUGGCCCUGGACUACCAACGCGAGGGGGGAGCCGCCGUCCCCAUCACCCGUCUCAACUAUCGCGACAGGAUGCACAGCUUCCUCUUCCGCGAGGAAGAAGCCAUGCAGGCUCUGAUUGCCAAGCUCAACCUGCGGGUGCUCAUCUCGCUCACCCCCAUGCUGCAGAGCCUCUCCAUGGGGAUGAAGUUUGCCCACUCCGGCGAGCUGUUUGCUGAAGUGCCUACCCCGUACAACCUCUCCCCGGACACGGACGAGGGGUAUCUGCUGAGCAGGUCCGUCCCCACCGCUUUCCUGGCGCUUGACCCGCCUAUAGACAACCGCAUUUACGAGGUUGGCGUGGAGCAUAAAGCCACCACGGAGAAGACCAUCUGGCUGCAGAUACCAAAGAGAUGCUGCUCGGAGCUGAACUUCAAGGCGAACACCUCCCACAAGGUGGAAAUCCAGUUCCAAAUCGACCAGUUGCUGUUCCGGCAGUGGCACCAGGCUGUGGAUCGCCUGCUGGAUGAGAAGCUGGUCCUACCAGAUGUCGCCAGUUGCUCUGUCCCCUAUUCUCUGGGGUCGCCACAGAAAGGGAACAGCAAGCAGAAACUGGCCAUCUCCUUCAUCACGGGCCAGGCAACCAGCAGCCGGCAGGUCCCCCCUCUCCUCAUCUACGGGCCUUUCGGCACAGGGAAGACCUUCACCUUGGCCAUGGCCACCAUGGAGAUCCUCAGGCAGCCCAACGUGCGGGUGCUGAUCUGCACGCACACAAACAG